AUGGCCACGAAGCGGAAGAACGAUGAAGAACUCGACUUCGUGGGAGACAAGAGAAAGAAAGCGAAGCAAGAGGACUCGCCAGGCAGAGGAAUGCUCGCCAGACUGCUCUGUCUACCAACCGAGCUGCAACUAUUGGUCUUCCAAGAGCUGCACCCGAAGAUCCUCUACAACAUCAGCUUAUCGUCCAAGCAGCUGAGGGCGUUCCUCUGGGACCAGUCUAAUCGGUCUUUGUGGGAGAGAACCAUCAAACGUGCGGAAGAACUGCCGGAAAGGCCACCAUGGUUAAGCACAUACGCGUUCAUCCGGUUGUUGUACAUGCCUUCUUGCCAUAACUGCGGCACGGAUGGAGUGAGAGAAAUCAUUUGGCCUUGGUUUGCUCGAUACUGUGAGGGCUGCGUGCUCGAGGUCUCCCAUUGGGAAGACAGCCGGGAUGCCGAUGCCAACGAAGUCCCAGCCAGUCCGAUGGGGAAAAUGUGGAUCUCUGCGGAAGCGCAGUAUCGCCAUGUCGAGAGAGAUGGCACAUGCACUUGGCGUGUCUUGAAGUCCUCUCUUCGCGAGUGGAAGCAGGAUUGGAAGAGAGACCCCGACUCCUAUCGGUUCUUCUUGCGAAGGCGGAGCGAAGGAGAAGAACGGGUUAAAUAUAUCUCUCAAGGAAAGAAGUGGGAGGCGGAAGAACGAGCAGACGAUAGAGCACGCGAGCAACAGAUCAUUGAGACACUCCGAAGCCAGAACUGGUCAGAGGUCUUGGAUUUCAUUGGCGAAGGCAUCCGGUACCUACUCGCGCUCCCUUCACUUCGCUCGUUUGAACCAGGGAGGGUCCCAAUCUAUCAUUGGGCACUCAGCGCAGAAACCAUUCACCACUACUCGCACUGGGAUGAUGCGUUUGAUGGCGCGACUUGCCCCUUCUCCACAAAUGUCCUCAAAAAGGAGGACGUGAACCUGUGGACCAUCGAGGCCAUGCGUUCAAUCGUACGCGCAUUGGACAUCGAUCCGUCAAGGGCGACGAUCGAAGAUUUGGAGGCGUCCCAGAAGCGCCUCCGAUGCACCACAUGCGUGAAUGAACAUAACGAAGGGCGCUGGUUUGCGUACGGCUGGCGAGCAGCGCUCAAACACGCCUGGGACUGCAAGUGCGAGCCAGAAGGCGGCGGUCACCCUGCACAACUCGCCCAGUGCUCGUGGGCUCAGGUCCGCGAGGACGAGCUCCCGCAUGUCCUCCAACUCGAGCGAGACAUCGUCGCCGAGGCGAUGGAAAACCCGCCGACCGGAUUGGACGUCGUGUGGACGAGCUGCCUGAACGACUUGAGCGUCCCGUGGGAGUCGAUGAUCAAGAACCUUAAGCACCUUCUUCGUUCACAGGAUCGGAUCGUUCCCUGGAUUCCGCCCCCUUCUCCGGCGCAGGCUCUGAAGGACGGUCUGGCUUUCCCUAACCCUCUCCUUUGCAAGAACACGCCGCAUGUUUACCACUGGUACUCUCCUCGUAUCGACUGCAGGAAGUAG